GCGGUGUUUCUUUUCCGCUGGUCCGGGCAAACAUGGGGCGAGUCAGAACCAAAACCGUGAAGAAGGCCGCCAGAGUCAUCAUUGAGAAAUACUACACCCGACUGGGCAAUGACUUCCACACCAACAAGCGGGUGUGUGAGGAGAUCGCCAUCAUCCCCACCAAGCCUCUGCGCAACAAAGUAGCCGGGUAUGUGACGCACUUGAUGAAGCGCAUCCAGCGCGGCCCUGUCAGAGGAAUCUCCAUCAAGCUGCAGGAGGAGGAGAGGGAGAGGAGGGACAACUACGUCCCUGAGAUUUCAGCUCUGGACCAGGAGAUCAUUGAGGUGGAUCCAGAUACUAAAGAAAUGCUCAAGAUGCUGGAUUUGGGCAGCCUGUCUAAGCUUCAGGUCACUCAGCCACCCGUUGGAAUGAACUUUAAAACGCCACGAGGACUGUAAAAUGGCAAUAUCUGAAUAAAGAGAUGUAAUUAAAAGUG